AUGUGCUUAUGUUCUUCCCCAAUGAUGCAAUAUACCUGGGGGGGGGGUUCUGACUUAGGCUGGUUUCAUACCAGAGCCCCUGUGGUUGAGCCUUCAGAAGCAUCUGAUAUUUGUCAGAGCCAUCCAAAGGCGACUCCCUUCCAGCCUUCUCACAGUGCUGCUGCUCAUACAUUCAUCUUCUCAAUAGUGCCUGGCUUCUUAAGAGUACCAGACAGGAAUAAGAAAGUUCCUGCUACUUAUUUCUCUUUCCUGCUCCUAUUGGAAGCCACACACUGCCAAAAGGAAAGUAAGCAAGUGAGCACGCAGCAGUGCUGUGCAAGAGCUGGAAGGAGGCUCUCCAUGGGUCGCUUAGUAGCUGUCAGAAUUUAUAGCUGCUACAGUCACCUUUCCUAG